UUAGUUCCAGGUUUUACCGGAAAACAAACUCCGUUAAAAAUUCCACUGAAUUUAAAUUCGAGUCUUUAAAAAGUUUCAGGCUGAGGUGAAUGUGAUGUGCGAUAGAUUUACUGACCGGAAGUGAUCAGUAUUAAUAACAACCUUUGUUCCGAGUCAUCUGUUUAUAGAGACAUGCACGUUCAUUCACAAACUGUUUAUUUAAAGCUGAUUUACACUCAGCUGCUGCACAUGUCCGUGUUCUCUCAGAGUUUCUCUCCCUGCGGCCGCUUCCUGGCAGCUGGAAACAACUACGGCGAGAUCGCAGUGUUCAGUUUGUCUGCAGCUCUGAGUCCAGACGCCACCGCGCUCAACCAGAAACCUGUUCUGACCUUCACGGCUCAUGAGGGACCGGUCUUUUCCCUUCUGUCCACUGACUGCCACCUGCUGAGCGCGGGAAAUGGCGAGAUCAGCGCCUGGAGCUGGAGCGAGCUCACCAAGAAGAACGUCAAACCUCUGUGGACCCGAAGACCGAACUACAAAUCCAGCCUGGAGAUCCCAGAGAUCAACUCCAUGACCAUCAACCCCAGAGAUAACAGCCUGGUGGUUGGAGGAGGCGAUAACAACAUCCAUGUCAUGGACCUGGAAAACGGUGUGUUCAAGACGGUGCUUCAGGGUCACUCGGACUACGUCCAUUGCGUGACUGUAAGAGAGAGGGAGGCGGAGAUCCUGUCGGGGGGAGAGGACGGAGCAGUGAGGCUGUGGGACAGCAGGACGGGUCAGUGUGUUCACUGCAUCGAGGUCUACAAGUACGAGGUGUGUGCGCGUCCUCAGUACGGUAAAUGGAUCAGCUGCGUGACCACCGACUCCGACUGGAUGCUGUGCGGCGGCGGACCGUCUCUGUCUCUGUGGCACCUCCGCUCGCUGUCACCGACCUCCAUCUUUAACCUGAGCGGGUGCCAACGACAGUCCACCUUCCAUCAGGACUUGAUCCUAACGGUGGGUGAAGGUGCGUUCGUGUCGCACUGCCUGCUGGGCGGCGAGGUCAAAGCUCAGAUUCCCUGCACGCCACAGAGCCUGAACACGCUGCAGCUCAACAACAACAGCACCGAGCACCGGGUGCUGACGGUCGGCGGCAGCAGCGACCGUAUCGACGUGUUCACCAACCUGUCCUACAGAGCGUUCUCCCUCAGAUUCUGAACUCCGAACUUCAUGAGACCCCACGCACGAUAAACUGUCUGUUCAUUUUCCAUGUUUUUAUUUGUUUUUGGGCGUUUUGUAUCAGCUGUCUGUGAGCUUCUUUAAAGAAUAAACAUAUGAAAAUAAAAGCA